AUUUUUUGCUGACGUGUGUAGCAGUACUGAAAGUUGCAGGUCUGGCUUGUCACGUGGAUGCUUUUAAUUCUUUCCUGGGAGUAUUGGUGUGUGAAGACAAAUACUGUAUCGUGAUAACACGGUGCAGACUGUAGGCAUCCUAUCACUGGGCUCUGCUUGUAAACAGCACACUGGUUCAGAUUGCUGCACAGUAUUAGUAUGUGCAUCGGUAAUGUGAAAAUCGGGCCAUGUAAUCAUUUUAAAGUGAGUUGUGCUAUUAUUAUUUGCUUUUCUGUUUAAACGUAGCAUUUGGUUUCAAUUCAGUAAUUUAUACAUUUCGAGGAUUUGUGACCUUGGGGAAGAGAGAAUGCUGCGUGUUAUUUUGAAAAAAUUCCAAAAGGUAUGAGUUUAGCUAUUCAUGGGGCUGAAAACUACAUUCAGAUACAUCACAGGAGAAGUGCAAACAGCUAUCAAAAAUCUGAACACAUGUCUGCCCCCAAGCAUUCCUCACUCCCACCUGUCACCAAGUCAAUAACAAUGGAUUGCACAUCUUCGGGAUCCAUUGAUUCGGCUGUCGGGAAUGGGAGAAACAAUUAUGCAGUGGCUAAAGAUAUAAAUAUUUUCUUGGAUGAAUCUGAAUGCAGGAACAGCCCUUCCAAAGAUGAUGACUCUUUACUUCAUCCUGGCAAUUUGACAAGCACUUCAGAUGAGGAUAGCGUGGACCGAAAUAAAGGAAAUGGGCUCUUCCUUAGGGAUGGGCGAUGCCGAAUUGAUUACAUACUUGUUUACAGAAAAUCCAAUGCACAAACAGAGAAACGGGAGGUGUUUGAAAGAAACCUGAGAGCUGAAGGAUUAAACAUUGAAAAGGAGUCAUCAUUAACAAAUAGUGAUAUAAUAUUUGUGAAGCUGCACGCUCCCUGGGAGGUUCUUUGUAGAUAUGCAGAGUUAAUGAAUAUACGAAUGCCUUUCAGGAGAAAAAUCUAUUACCUGCAGCGGCGGUACAAGUUCAUGAGCAGGAUGGAGAAAAGAUUGAGCAUGUUUCGAGGAUGGUUACCUAAAAAGCCUAUGAAAUUGGACAAGGAAACGUUACCAGACCUGGAGGACACUGACUGCUACACCGCGCCUUUCAGCCAGCAGAGAAUUCAUCACUUUAUUAUACACAACAAAGACACUUUCUUCAAUAAUUCUACAAGAAGCAGAAUUGUCCAUCAUAUUUUACAGAGGAUCAAAUAUGAGGAAGGAAAGAAUAAAAUUGGGCUCAAUCGUUUACUUGGCAACAGUACCUAUGAGGCAGCAUUUCCACUUCAUGAGGGAACUCACAGAAGCAAAAAUUCCAUAAAGACCCACGGAGCUGAAAACCAGCGGCAUUUACUGUUUGAAUGCUGGGCAUGGUGGGGAGUGUGGUACAAAUAUCAGCCACUGGAUCUUGUAAGGCGCUAUUUUGGUGAGAAGAUUGGCCUGUACUUUGCCUGGUUAGGCUGGUAUACUGGAAUGCUGUUCCCAGCUGCCAUUGUUGGAUUACUAGUGUUUUUGUAUGGAGUCUUCACUCUUGACUACUGCCAAGUAAGUAAAGAAGUCUGCCAAGCAACAGAAAUAAUUAUGUGUCCUCUUUGUGAUAAGUAUUGUCCCUACAUGAGAUUAUCAGACAGCUGUGUUUAUGCCAAGGUAACUCAUCUCUUUGAUAAUGGAGCGACUGUAUUUUUCGCUGUUUUCAUGGCAGUAUGGGCCACUGUUUUCUUGGAAUUCUGGAAAAGGAGAAGAGCUGUGAUUGCGUAUGACUGGGACUUGAUAGAUUGGGAGGAAGAAGAGGAAGAAAUCAGACCCCAGUUUGAAGCCAAAUACUCAAAGAGAGAGCGCAUGAAUCCCAUAUCUGGAAAACCGGAGCCUUAUCAAGCUUUUACAGACAAGUGCAGCAGACUAAUUGUAUCAGCUUCUGGAAUAUUCUUCAUGAUCUGCGUGGUGAUUGCUGCUGUUUUUGGCAUUGUUAUUUACCGAGUGGUGACUGUGAGCAUAUUUGCUGCUUUCGAUUGGGCUUUAAUUAGAAAAAAUUCUCAAGUUGCAACUACAGGGACUGCAGUAUGCAUCAACUUCUGCAUCAUCAUGCUUUUGAAUGUGUUAUAUGAAAAAGUUGCUCUUCUUCUGACAAAUUUAGAACAGCCUCGAACUGAAUCGGAAUGGGAGAACAGCUUUACACUAAAAAUGUUUUUGUUUCAGUUUGUUAACUUGAACAGCUCCACGUUUUACAUAGCAUUUUUCCUAGGAAGAUUAACCGGACGCCCUGGUGCCUAUCUAAGGGUUUUGAACAGGUGGAAGUUAGAAGAGUGUCAUCCCAGUGGCUGCCUUAUUGACCUCUGUUUGCAAAUGGGUAUCAUAAUGGUGCUGAAGCAGACCUGGAAUAACUUCAUGGAGCUUGGCUAUCCACUUAUUCAGAAUUGGUGGACACGGAGAAAAUUAAGACAGGAAUAUGGCAAUAAUGGAAAGCCAAUCUUUCCACAAUGGGAAAAGGAUUACAAUCUUCAGCCUAUGAAUGCCUAUGGACUCUUUGAUGAAUAUUUAGAGAUGAUUCUUCAGUUUGGCUUUACAACAAUAUUUGUGGCCGCUUUUCCAUUGGCACCUCUUCUAGCUUUAUUGAACAACGUCAUUGAUCGACUGGAUGCCUACAAAUUUGUCACACAGUGGAGACGGCCAUUAGCUUCAAGAGCCAAAGAUAUAGGGGUCUGGUAUGGCAUUUUGGAGGGCAUCGGAAUCCUGUCUGUAAUCACCAAUGCAUUUGUUAUCGCAGUAACAUCUGAUUUCAUUCCCCGCUUAGUAUAUGCAUACAAAUACGGACCCUGUGCAGGACAAGGACAAGCAGGAGAAAAGUGCAUGAUUGGUUAUGUUAAUGCCAGUUUAUCAGUGUUCUUGGUCGCUGAUUUUGAAGAUCAGUCUAAACCUUCGGCAAAUCAAAGUACCAUGAUUGGCGAGGAAGUGAAGUACUGCAGGUAUCGAGAUUAUAGAGAAGCUCCUCACUCCAAAGAACCUUAUGCCUAUACACUGCAAUUCUGGCAUGUACUAGCUGCACGUCUAGCUUUUAUCAUUGUAUUUGAGCACCUAGUUUUCAGCAUUAAGAACUUGAUAGCAUACAUGAUUCCUGACUUACCAAAAGAUCUACGGGAUAGAAUGCGUCGGGAAAAAUAUCUUAUUCAGGAAAUGAUGUACGAAGCUGAGCUGGAACGUCUUCAUAAGGAAAGGAAUGAGCGAAAGCGGAAUGGAAAAGGCUCUCAUAAUGAGUGGCCAUGAAUACAAACAUCAUCUGAUUAAGGUUAAGCCUGCCUUCUCUGUUUACAUGUUUGACAGUCAUCCCCUGCAAUUUGUGAAAGCACCACUUUAAUGACUGAAUAAAAUGCAGCUUCAAUGCAUGUUAGAACAUUUUACAAAAGAUGUUCAGUAACUAACAGUAAAAGGAUGUACUGUGAAAAAUUUUGCAAUUCAAGUGUGAUCUCUUUAAUAUUGCAAGCAUGUUGAACAUGUUAUUCAUAUAAAACACAAUUCUGUACGCCAAUUUUUACUUAAAAAUAAGUGUCCAAUGUUUUACAACUGGUUUGCUAUUUUCCCAACUUUGCAUCUUCUUCCAUCAACGGACUACAGUUUUACACACAGUCAUGUUCAAUAUGUAAAUAAGAAUUUCUGAAAACUAUUUUGCAUAAUUUCAGUAUAGCUAUCUGUAUACCAUUAUACUGUUUGAUCCACUCCUUCUACCCAGCAGCUCGGGAGAAUCCUGUUUACAAAUCAGUUUUUUUAAGCUUGUAGCUUUAAAAGAAAAUAAGGUUUAUGAUACAAUGUACAAUGCAUCCUUGUAAAUAGCCAAAUGCAGAAUGUUGAAUUUUCAUAACUGAAAAUGACUUUGUGAACAUAAGGCCACAUUUAUUGCUUGUAUAUUGUGAUGCAAUAAUGAUUUAAAGAAUAAAUAUGCACAUGUACAAGUUAUGGCUGAUUAGAAUUUUUAUUCUCCAGAGUAAUAUUUAACAUCAUUUCAGUAAUUCUGUGAUUUUGUUUGAUGCACUCUUUAAGCUCAUAUAUACCAAUACUUAUAAUGUCAAAAUUACAUCACUAAUACAUUGUAAAUCACACUGUUAACAUGGUGGGUAACUUUUAUAUUAUUCACAUAUUAAUCUACCCCGGAGUCCCUCCAACUCCCUCCCUCCCU